CCCCCCCACCCCCCCCCCCCCCCCCCCCCCCCCCCCCCCCCCCCCCCCCACCCCCCCCCCCCCCCCCCCCCCCCCCCCCCCCCCCCACCCCCCCCCCCCCCCCCCCCCCCCCCCCCCCCCCCCCCCCCCCCCCCCCCCCCCCCACCCCCCCCCCCCCCCCCCCCCCCCCCCCCCCCACCCCCCCCCCCCCCCCCCCCCCCCCCCCCCCCCCCCCCCCCCCCCCCCCCCCCCCCACCCCCCCCCCCCCCCCCCCCCCCCCCCCCCCCCCCCCCCCCCCCCCCCCCCCCCCCCCCCCCCCCCCCCCCCCCCCCCCCCCCCCCCCCCCCCCCCCCCCCCCCCCCCCCCCCCCCCCCCCCCACCCCCCCCCCCCCCCCCCCCCCCCCCCCCCCCCCCCCCCCCCCCCCCCCCCCCCCCCCCCCCCCCCCCCCCCCCCACCCCCCCCCCCCCCCCCCACCCCCCCCCCCCCCCCCCCCCCCCCCCCCCCCCCCCCCCCCCCCCCCCCCCACCCCCCCCCCCCCCCCCCCCCCCCCCCCCCCCCCCCCCCCCCCCCCACCCCCCCCCCCCCCCCCCCCCCCCCCCCCCCCCCCCCCCCCCCCCCCCCCCCCCCACCCCCCCCCCCCCCCCCCCCCCCCCCCCCCCCCACCCCCCCCCCCCCCCCCCCCCCCCCCCCCCCCCCCCCCCACCCCCCCCCCCCCCCCCCCCCCCCCCCCCCCCCCCCCCCCCCCCCCCCCCCCCCCCCCCCCCCCCCCCCCCCCCACCCCCCCCCCCCCCCCCCCCCCCCCCCCCCCCCCACCCCCCCCCCCCCCCCCCCCCCCCCCCCCCCCCCCCCCCCCCCCCCCCCCCCCCCCCCCCCCCCCCCCCCCCCCCCCCCCCCCCCCCCCCCCCCCCCCCCCCCCCCCCACCCCCCCCCCCCCCCCCCCCCCCCCCCACCCCCCCCCCCCCCCCCCCCCCCCCCCCCCCCCCCCCCCCCCCCACCCCCCCCCCCCCCCCCCCCCCCCCCCCCCCCCCCCCCACCCCCCCCCCCCCCCCCCCCCCCCCCCCCCCCCCCCCCCACCCCCCCCCCCCCCCCCCCCCCCCCCCCCCCCCCCCCCCCCCCCCCCACCCCCCCCCCCCCCCCCCCCCCCCCCCCCCCCCCCCCCCCCCCCCCCCCCCCCCCCCCCCCCCCCCCCCCCCCCCCCCCCCCCCCCCCCCCCCCCCCCACCCCCCCCCCCCCCCCCCCCCCCCCCCCCCCCCCCCCCCCCCCCCCCCCCACCCCCCCCCCCCCCCCCCCCACCCCCCCCCCCCCCCCCCCCCCCCCCCCCCCCCCCCCCCCCCCCCCCCCCCCCCCCCCCCCCCCCCCCCCCCCCCCCCCCCCCCCCCCCCCCCCCCCCCCCCCCCCCCCCCCCCCCCCCCCCCCCCCCCCCCCCCCCCCCCCCCCCCCCCCCACCCCCCCCCCCCCCCCCCCCCCCACCCCCCCCCCCCCCCCCCCCCCCCCCCCACCCCCCCCCCCCCCCCCCC